UUUACAGGUAUAAUCAGUUUCAAAUCAACUAUAUUAAUCCCGGAUCCCUGAUUAUACCCAAUAACAUGAAGUAUUGUACAUGUUUUGUUGUAUUGAUACUCUCACUAUGCGUUGCAGGAUUAUAUGCUAAAAAGCAGCAUAUGGCCAGCUUUAACUUUGACCAGUUUUGUCCUGAAAGACCAACGAGAUGUGAUUAUUGGUGUAAAUUCUUUGGAUUCGAUAGAGGAGUGUGCGAAGGAAAUUGGAACGUUGAGUGUUGGUGUUAUUGGGAUGGACCAAAGCCUAGUCUUCAAGGGAAAUCAAGAAUUGCAAAUGAAAAGUAA